CUCAAAUCAUCAUGUCUGGACAUGGAAAAGGAGGAAAGGGACUCGGAAAGGGAGGCGCCAAGCGUCAUCGCAAGGUCUUGCGUGAUAACAUCCAGGGAAUCACCAAACCAGCCAUCCGUCGUCUUGCUCGCCGUGGUGGUGUCAAGCGUAUCAGCGGUCUCAUCUACGAAGAGACCCGUGGUGUCCUCAAGGUUUUCCUUGAGAAUGUCAUCCGUGAUGCAGUCACCUACUGCGAGCACGCCAAGAGAAAGACCGUCACCGCCAUGGACGUUGUCUACGCCCUGAAGAGGCAGGGACGUACUCUCUACGGAUUCGGAGGUUAAGAAGGAUCACUUACCAUCACCAUCAAAACGGCUCUUUUUAGAGCCACCAAAAAUCAAGAAAGACACAAUGAUUUUCUCUUGUUAUAUUAUGUUUAAAAACGUAGGCCUAGGCAAGGGCAGA